UGACUGAAGAACUGAUAUUUUUGCAGGCAUUUAUCUAAUGAAGCCAUCCAAAGGAUAUCCGACAAUGGAGCCAUCACUAAUGUACGGACGCUCCACAAUAAAGCUCUAGAUUUGGACUUGCGAGAGAUUUCAGUGCCAUUUUUUCCCUGAAGACAUAGCCAAAGGAAAACUUGAAGUUGUACCAGGAAAUGUAAUAGUACAAGUUCAGAAGGUGCGGAAUAUUUCUGCUCCAAAGGCCAAUGAAGAUUCUCAGGCUGCGCCACGCAUGUUGAAGAUUGUCUUAACAGAUGGCCACACUGUUUGUCACGCAAUUGAAGUUGAAAACAGUUAGUGUUCUAAGCCUGAACAGCCCGCCAGGCACGAAGGUGUUGUUGAAGGGAGAGUCGCUAGCCAUGUCCCACGGUCUGCUGCUGCUGAGGCCAGGUGGUGUCCAGGUGCUGGGCGGCCGUGUCACUGCACUCAUAGACAAGUGGGAGCUCAAUCGAAGUCUCGCAAAACACACUAGAGGAAGGAUUGGAGAGGAGGGUGGACCCCCACCAUGGAUCCCAUUCGGUCAGAAGAUUCUCCGCCCAAAUCUUCAGGACCGAAAUUUUAAAUCACUAGGUGAGAAUGUGGCUAAGGAGAAUGCAGAGUUUGAAGCACAGAGGCAGGGAGCUAUUGCCGAGGCCGCUCGAGGAGGAGCACGCAAGGUGUUUGGUGGCGGCAACAAACCCAUCGUGGACCGCAAUGUGCGCACCAUUAUGGACAUGGGCUUCACACAGGAGCAGGCGGAACAGGCUCUCAAGCAGACCAGGAACAAUGUUGACAAGGCACUUCAUAGUUUGCAGAGGAGGACUGGGAGCAGCAAUGGUAAAAGGGAGGAGAGGGGCAACCGACGGAGAGGUGACCGGGAUGAGGAGGGAGGCUCAGGACCCAAGCCCUCAGGCCAGGUGUCUCUUUUCGCCUUCUUGGAGGAUAAACUGCCCACUCAAAAUGAUGAGAAAGAGAAUGACAACCAAGCUGUAUCUGGUGGAUUCAACCACUCUACAAGCAACCAAAGAUACAACAAUAACUCUGUAGUGCAGCGAGGACGACCCGAACGGCUGCAGAACCGUAGUGGGGGUCGGGGCAGUCAGAACAACGGCCCCACGGAGCCUAGGAGAGACGACCGCAACAGGUCCAACCCCCUGGCCACCCAGCACCAGAAGCCUCCGCGCUUUCAGAACCAACAACGGUACAAUGAUUCAUACCAGAAUUGGUCAUACGGUUCAAACAAUGAUUACACUUAUGAUGAUAGGAGCAGUUUUAAUAACUCGAGGCUGAGUAGGAACUAUGAAGACUUCAAUAGUGAACCAUAUAAUAGGAGAACACAGCCCCCACCUAUAUACGCCAACAAUGAGCCCUCUCACGAUUAUGGGCGCAACAAUCGCCGAUACGACAUACACAGUAAGUUGCGUAUUUUUAAUUGUGUGUAUUGUAAUUAUUAUUAUUAAUAAAGUGUAAAAAUCAAGCAUG